AUGCCUGUUGAAGAUUUGUCUGAUGAAGGUUUACCAAAAAAUCCAAAUUUAGAAUUGGCUCAAUAUAAAUUUCUGUUAUCAUUAAAUCCGAAUGAUGAAGUGAUUAAAGAAAAAUUAUUAAAUGAAAUAUCAUUAAACAAUAUGGCACCAUUCUAUUUACAAUGUACAAAAGAAUGUACACCACCAUCUUCCUGUGGUAUAAUUUACGAUGAUGAAUUUUAUAAGAAAUUACAUCAAAAAAAUUUGGAAACAAUUAAAGAAUUUGAUGCAAAAAUUGAUGAUACUGAAAAAUCAUUUGGUGAAAGUGAAAUACGUGAAUCUUAUUUGUCCAAAUCACAAUAUUUAUGUUCAAUUGGUGCUCAUGAACAAGCAUUAGAAAUGUUACGAAAAACAUAUGAAAAAACUGUUACAUUAGGUCAUCGUUUAGAUAUCAUUUUUUAUCAAUUACGUUUAGGUUUAUUUUAUUUGGAUCAAGAUUUAAUAGAACGAAAUUUAGAUAAAGCAAAAACAUUAGUGGAUGAAGGUGGUGAUUGGGAUAGACGCAAUCGUUUAAAAGUUUAUCAGGGUUUACGAGCAAUGUCAAUUCGAGAUUUUAAAACAGCAGCUGAAUUAUUUUUGGAUACAGUAGCCACAUUUACAUCAUAUGAAUUAAUGGAUUAUCAAACAUUUGUAACCUAUACAGUUAUUUGUAGUUUAGUAGCAUUAGAACGACCAAAAUUAAGAGAAAAAGUUAUACGUGGUAGUGAAGUAUUGGAAAUUCUACAUGGUUUACCGAUAAUAAAAGAUUAUUUAUUCUCAUUAUAUGAAUGUCGAUAUGGUGAUUUUUUUAGAUGCUUAGCAACCAUUGAACAAAACUUAUUAAAAAAAGAUCGUUAUUUAGAGAAGCAUGUUCAAUAUUAUGUGAGAGAAAUGCGUAUUAUUGCCUACAACCAAUUGUUACAAUCUUAUUCUAGUUUAACGAUAAAAGGUAUGGCACAAGCAUUUGAUUGUACGGAAACAUUUUUAGACAAAGAAUUAUCACGUUUUAUUGCCGCUGGUAGAUUAAAUUGUAAAAUAGAUAAAGUUCGUGGUAUUAUUGAAACAACACGUCCAGAUAGUAAAAAUUUUUUAUAUCAAGAAGUUAUUAAAAAAGGUGAUCUGUUAUUAAAUCGUGUACAAAAAUUAAGUCGUGUUAUUAACAUAUAA